AUGCAGCCCUGCAGAUGGCGGCACUGCCGAAGCACACGGGUGCGGGACUACUACCUCAACCAGCAUACGGCCCUGUACACGGAGAAGGCGUCGUCCGCGGCGCUGACUAUGCAGUCGGUCCCUUCGGUACUAGCGGGCAGCAUGGCGCCAACCAUCCCGAGCGUCUUCCUGCUAGACACCGCCGCGAAUGCCGGAGGCGAGGACAUGGCCACCAAGGUGGCCACAUGGUCUCCAACGCCACCGCUACCGACGCAACAACAGCCGCAAAAGGGACUCCACGACCCUCAAGAAACUCCGUCCAGACGGCGUGACGCGCCACGUACGAGCACGACACGCACGCUGCUGACGACGGGAGAGGGCCUCGGCAGCACCGCGCACGACACCGGCCGCUUCAUUUCACUGGUGGAGGAGAUGGCGGCAGCCUGCCGCCGCAUUGGCGCCGCGCCGCUCGUCUGCUGGCGCAGUAUUGAUCGCGUGACGGAGCUGCCACCGGAAGAUCCGCUUUGGCGGCGGCUUACCAACGGCGGCGGCGGCGGUGGUGGUCGGGUGGACAACGCCCGUGGCGAGAUUGAGGACGACACGUCGUGCCCGCCAGUGAGCGAUGUGCCACGCAAGCGCUGCUCACACCCCUCCGCUCCCCUCGUCGGUGAUGGCGGCAGCAGCGCCGCAGCCCCUCUACCCUCACUGCAGCAGCAGCAGCAGGACCAGCAGCACUCCGAGCCACCCUCACUCUACUACCUUGGCCCGCAGCAGUACAUGACCGCAGAUGUAUGGUGGUCGCGCGUGGAGGCAUUCGGCUUCGGUCUUUGCAGCAUGGGCCUGCGUCCUGGUGACCUGAUCGGCAUCGUCGAGGACACGCGUUGGGAGUGGCUCGUCACGUGUUACGCAGCUUGGAGUGUCGGCCUCGUUGUCGUCGUCUUCGACAGCUCGGCACGGACUAUGGCGCGGGCUGCCAUGGACACAGCGCCGGAGAUGAAGGCGCUUGUGUGUAGUCCCGUUGUUCACCGUGCCUUGCGCCGGCACUUUGACGAUGCCGCAGCAGCAGCGGCGGCGGCGGCUCGCAGCGCUCGCGCGCCAGCCCCGUUUACACCCACGUCUGUGAGCAGCAUGAAGGACUACGAUGGCGAUGAGGGCGACAUGUAUGAUGGCAAUCAUGGCGCGUGUGCGAGUGGUGACGCAGCAGGGACCGUGCCGCCUCAGUUGACUUCAGUCCACCCGCGAAAGAAACGACAUGCCCAUCCUUCCAUGUUCAUCGUCGUCCGGCGCAGCGGACCCCCGCGCGACUGCCGCAGCGACGGCGGUGACGUCCACGCCGCAGCGAUGCGCAGCAGUGCGUCAUCUGACGCGGCACCGGGACCGGGGGCGCCCCC